AUGGCACCCAAGAAGCCAACCGCUUCCAAAUUUCAUCUCCUCCGACGAGAUCUUAUGGCACCCAAGAAGCCCGUCGCUCCCAAGUCCGAUGCCGCUGCGGCUCGGGGAUCUGCAUCAUCAGCGCCGGCCAGCGGCGCCGCUGCUCAGGCGAAUGUGACGCCCCAGCUUCCUUUGAUUGGCGGUUCACCUUCUCCAGGGACCACUGCUGCUACUGCUUCAGAGCCAGAACCUGCCCAGGUGUCGGCUCCUUUAGAAGAGCAACAUUUACGUGGCUCUCCUACGGCAACUGUUCCACCUGUAGCGUUGCCUGAAACUACUGUCGCGGCUCCUCCUCCGGAGCAGCAGCUCGUGCCGGUGUUGGCUCCUGUGCAAGAGCAGCCUACACCUGUAGUGUUGCCUGAGACUACUGUAGCUGCUUCGCCUACUGCAUUGCUAAAGAUCUCGCUUACUCCAACAGAGGCACAGCCAAGCACAUCUCACGCAAGGGCGAUGAUGGCUUUAACCUCAAGCCCUUCACAAUUGAAUAUUUCUACCGCUACCGCAGCUUCGGCGCCAGGAUCCCCUGCACUAACUUCGAUGGCUAGAGGGGUGUCGUCGGCUAUGGUUUCUAGUCUCGCUGACGCACCUGAAUUUCUCCAGAUCUCCCUGGUAUAUCUAAAUAGCCUCGCGAAGACAGUAGUCGAUUACAUGGUGAAUGGUCGGGGGACUUUGAAUUCCUUCCGACCACUUUUAGAGGCAGGCCUGAAUGGAGUCAGGAGUGUGGGCAAUAUUCAGUGGUUCGAGCGCUGUUCAGAAAUUAUUCUCCACUUGGAAGAGCAAUUACAACGCUUCGAAGCCCUGGGCCAGAAAGAACUUCAGCCAGAGAUUGUGUCCACUAUGGCCAGUCUUCAGGUUGCAGAAGUGGCUCGCCGGGAGGCGGUAGAGCGGGACUUGGCUGAAAGAGAACGUCAAGUUGCAGAGCUUCAUGAGCGUAAUAUUCGGAAGCAAGAAGAGUUAGAACGCUCGACAACUUCUAUGAAUUCGCUUCGUGAUAGACUUGUCGAAGCUGAGGCCGAAGUCCUGCGCUUAAAGGCUGAACUUUCCCGUGAAGAAAACGUUGUCAAUAUCCUUAGCACCCAAAAUACCACUGGAACUUUGGAAUAUCAUACGCAGGCUCGAGCUUUGGCACAAGCCAGGAAUGAAGCAGCGGCCAUCAUCUGGUUUGUUGAAGCUUCUCGGAUUCCGAAAUAUGACGUUUAUACUUCAUGUAUAAACGAGAUUCGGGAAUUGUACCGUUCACGGAGUGGUUCUGCGAGUACUCGUCUGCCAGGGAUGGAAGAGUACCUAUCUUGUGAACAGGAAGAGAUCGGAGCCGUUGAAGCUCCUCAAAACUUGCCCACCAUAGAACCUUCUGAAGGAGAGGUUCCUAUGGGGAUCGAAAAGGGAAAACCAAUUGCCGAUUCUCCCGAAGAUAAGACAACUGAGGAGAUUCCUGCAGAAGAGCCUGCUCCUAAACCUCGUUCUUUAAGAUCGGUUGUUGCUGUGGAGGAAGAGGCCCUGCUCGAGGAUAGGAUCUGUGCUGAGGCUGUGUUGUCGGGACUAGUCGAGGUGGAGCUGGGAGAGUUGCCCGAACUGGAGAAUGCUGAUAAUGAUGAGCAUGAGGAGGUGGCUGACGCUGAGAAUGUUGCUGCCUCUGCGGAGCCUGCUGCUGCUGCCUCGGAGGGGGACGCUCGACAUUUAGGGACGGAGCUGCUAGGGUCCUGCUCUGAAUCAUGUGUGAGUCUUCAGGUUCCUUAUGCACGCUCUCAAUCUCGUGUGCCGCAUCUAGCACUGCAUCAUGGGUCGCCAAAGCCCUACCUACCAGAGCCAUCCUAA